UUCAGUUCAGUCGAAAGCAGAGAGUUAUUAAAUUCCGACUUGAACAAACCUAUCCGAAUCGAAUUUGCGAGUGAAGUGAUGAAAAGUACAAAUAAAUCACUUCAUAUCAUUCUCAUCGUUACUGUCACGAAUGUCGUUUGUUCCGAUAAUAGAUUGAAGGUGUCAGUUUACUAUGAGAGUUUGUGUCCUUACAGUAUAGAUUUCAUCAAGACUAAGAUAUUUCCCCAUUACAAGGAAUUCCAGAAUUAUGUAAGGUUGGAAUGGAUACCAUACGGAAAAGCUAAUCAAACACUCAUAAAUGGAAAAUGGUCAUUUAAGUGUCAGCACGGAAGGGAUGAAUGCAAGUCAAACAUGUAUCAAGCUUGUGGUCUGGAUCAGGGUAGAAGUCAAGAAAGGAAUAUAGAAUUCAUCAACUGCGUGGUGUCUUUGAUCAAUCCAGCUUAUACACGUGGAAUUGAAUAUUGCGCAAGAGCCAACACUUUCGACUGGGAAAGUAUGGAAAGCUGCUUCAGGGACGGAACAGGGGAUGAUCUGCUUGCCAAAAUGGGCAAAAAAACUUCGAAUCUGGGAUCGAAAUUCAAGCAUGUUCCCACUGUGGUUUUCAAUGACGAUUUCGACCCCCUCCUAUGCGAGUACGCCCUGGAAAAUUUCGUCAAGGCUACCUGCUCCAAGAUAAUUGGGGAAAAACCAAAAAUUUGCUGAAGAAGCUCAAACUUAUCGAUUUCUAAACGACCAAAAACCCUACCACUUUGGAAUCCUCCCAUCAAUCGAAAAAAUAAAACGUUCCUCAAGCGCAA